GUGUUGACAAGCAUUUGUGACCAUCUAAAACCGGUGAUCUAUCCGGAUGGUAGUUAUGUCUAUCGAAUAGGAGAUCCACUUGAUCGCAUGCUUUUGAUCACAGAUGGUUUAAUAUGGACAUAUAACACCACCAGUUUAAAAAGGAGUGCCAGUGAUGGUAAUACUACUCAAGAUGAAAGCCAGGGAACAAAUUCAACUUCCCAAGGGAAAGGAUCAUUUUACGGCGAAGAACUUCUGAGUUGGGCUUCUGAUAAAUCUCUGGACAAUCUUCCUAUGUCUACAAAAAAUGUCAAAGCUCACGGAAAAGUAGAAGGAUUUAUUCUUAUGACCAAGGACUUGAAACCUGUGGUCGAAAAAUACAAAUUCGAAUGGCUUUCCCCUGAUUCUCAGGUACGAAAGGUGGCGGCAGGUCAAACCAUUCAAAAAGCAUUCAGACAAUUUAAGCAGCAGCCUAAGAAAGAUCAACCUGAUAAAGCCCAGCAAACAGAGACUUCAAAAGACCCUGAUGAAUCAGCAGCAUCACCGGCCAUGGAACUGGUUUAA